GGGUUUCACGUGCUAGGGUGCUAGGGGGAGUAACAGUGCUGCGGUGAUCGGUGAUGGAAGACGGUUCUGAACAGUGGAAGACGCCGCCUGCACCCGUUUGCGUAUAGUGAGUGAAGUGACAGCAUGAGAAGCUUGCCAGUCACCACUGCUUCCAGCAACUUGCUGGCUGUGUCACCCACUAACGACAACCUUGCCGACCCCACAGCUGUGCACGACAUUUCAAUGGACUCCUUCAGCGAGGCGGAUGACUCCUUACGCAGCAAUUCCCCACUACUAAAAGAAAGAAAGGAACACAAAAACCUGCAGAGCCUGGAGCUGGACCAUUCAAAGGAAGAGGUGCCGGAAAUGACUGAGCGGCUCUUCAAGGUGAUCAUCAUCGGUGACCCCACGGUGGGCAAGACGUCCUUCGUGCAGCGCUACGUGCAGGACUCCUUCAGGCGGGACUACAAGGGCACCGUCGGCGUGGACUUCGCUCUCAAGAUCCUCAAGUGGUCAGACUCCGAGACCAUCAAACUACAGCUGUGGGACAUUGCUGGCCAGGAGAGGUUCACGUGGAUGACCCGCGUCUACUACAAGGACGCUCAAGGCUGUAUCAUCAUGUUUGACCUCACCAACCGCAGCUCCUUCCUCAACACGCUCAAGUGGAAGAAGGACGUGGUCAAAUGCACUCUGGACGACGGCUCCCCGAUCCCGUGCAUGUUGUUGGCCAAUAAGUGUGACCUGCCGCACCGCCAAGUGGACCAGCUGGAGAUCGAGAGGCUGUACAAAGAGCACAACUUCACGGGCUGGACGGAAACUUCGGCCAAGGAGGGACUGAUGGUGACUGACUCCAUGAGGUUCCUCGUGGACGUAAUGAUGCGACAGAAGAAUGACGCAGACAAUGACUCGGAGGAAUCUUCGCUACGCCUCUCCCCAGCCGAGCCUGAACUCAGCAGGACCUGUUACUGCUGAGCCUAGCCCCGCCUCUGCUCUCCUGCUGGUGGAGAUGGGAGGUGCAGCGUCCCGGGAAGCACCAGAGGACGCCAGGAGUCACACCAAAUGGAAGCUACAUGGGAGAAUCGCAGUGCCUUCCUUCUUUCCGUCUUUGGACCAUAUUCUUAAGGGACUUCUGCGCUUCAUCUCACUAUUUUCUGUACUUUGCUUAAAGGCACGAGGGUUUUUAAAGAUGUUUCUGCUGUUCUAGUGAGAGAUUAACACUAUUUCUGCAUUACUGAUAGGAGAAACACUCUUGAGAGCCCUGUUGAUCGAUUCUGUGGCCUCUGAAAAUAGUCGUGGUGAGAGAACAGUGAGUUUUUUUAAUACGGGCCUUUUGUCUCAUUUGUUCCGUCCUUUCUCAGUCUCCUGGCUAUCGUUUGUCUGUUACUCUUUUACUCAUAGGAAAAUCGCAGUGCCUUUUCUUGUUAUCUUCUCUAUUUCUAUCUCUUUUUUUCGCACAUGAGAGUCGAAGUGCCUUUUUUUCCUUCCUUCCUUCCUUCCUUCCUUCUUUUUUUCGUUUCUUCUGUCCUUCAUCUUCUGGUUUAAUUUUUCUUUGUAAUUAUGUUUCAUUUAUCUAUGCUUUCCCUCUUUUCAAACUCUCUCUCUCUCUCUCUCUCUCUCUCUCUCUCUCUCUCUCUCUGAACACCAUCACUUAUUCUGUCUCCAUCGCCCCACGUAACUCCUCCCUCCACUCUCAACUCCGCCCCACGAUUGUUACGAAAAUGAUGUGUAGCACCGCCUCCUCCUCCUCCGCCUCCUUCUCCUCCUUCUGCUCUCUUACGAUUGUGUGUGUGUGUGUGUGUGUGUGUGUGUGUGUGUGUUGACCGGCUAGUGAGUGACCACCGCUUACAAGGUCGUCUUCCACCAAAACACUGCCAACAUUACUUACAUAUAUCACACUUGUACACCAAAUACCUUUAAUAUGCCGCUGCCGUCACCACCGCGGCAUUGACACCACCACCACCACCACCACCACCACUACCAUUCAUAACAACAGCAACCACAACAACAGCAACAACAGCGACCGCUAAUAUAUAUGUGUAUACAACACCAUCACCUUCUGUGGGGAGAAAAUGAAUAAUGAUAAUAAAGUUUGCAUUUCUGCAUAAUACAAAAGUG